AUUUAAAACCAAGAUUUUCAGCUUCAGAAUUAUUGAACAUUUACAAGGAUGAAUCAAAAAAAUUAUUUACUAAAAGAUCAUGGACCCUCUUCAAUGUAUCCGAUCAAUAUACAGAUGAUGGUCGUUUUACCAUGUUUAAAAAAUAUUUUGAAGAUACAAAAUUAAGUCAUUCACUUACUGAAUUGAUUAUUCCUGCCGCAAAUGAAACUUGCCCGGCAAUGUCACAUUUAUUUACCCGAUAUGAUGCUUGUGAAAAUAGCGAAGAUGACAAUACUUUAGUGGAUACCUUAAUGGCCACAACAGCUGCGCCUACCUUUUUUCCGCCUUAUAAUAUUUGGAAUAAGAAGGGGACUUUUUUAGAUGGAGGAAUACAUCUUAAUAACCCAGCAUUAACUGCUUACGGAGAAGCUAUUCGAUAUAAGGUGCCAAAUGAAAAGAUUUCUGUACUUUCUCUAGAAGGUAACACGGAUCGUGAGAUGUAUAAUAUUCUAGGAAAUCGUUAUCAACGAUGGCAAAUCUUUUUUGAAGAACCUAUAGGAUUAGAUAACCACGAAAGUAUUGCUCAUCUUUUAGAAUUAGGAUGUCAAUAUAUAGAAGAGCUUGAUUAUUCGGAUGAAAAUCCUGGUUUUAAAUCUGAAUAUUCCUCUUCUUCGAAUUGUGGCGCUGAUAAUCCUGCGGCAAUGAUACCACCAGUCGAUGUUCCAACUAUCAUAUUAAAUAAGUGA